CAUCCACUCAGUUUCGCUUACAACGUCGUCAUGUUUGGAUCGCUUCUACUGGGGAUUGCCACCUUGCUGGGCGCGAUCUACGCCUUUCUGGUGUCCAACUUUGGCCACUGGCGGCGGCGCGGAGUCACGGAGCCCAGAGCCCUUCCGCUCUUCGGUUCCUUUCCCAACAUGAUUUGGCCACGCCAGCACUUCACCAUGGACAUGCGCGAUAUCUAUAUGCAUUACAGGAAUACCCAUAGCUAUGUGGGCUGCUAUCUGUUGCGUGCACCCAAGCUGCUCGUCCUGGAACCCCGCCUGAUCUACGAGAUCUAUGUGAGCGCGUUCAGUCACUUCGAGAACAACGAUGCCUCCCAGAUGGUGGACAUCGCCAAGGAUCGCUUGGUCGCCCUCAAUCCCUUCGUGCUCGAGGGCGAGGAGUGGCGCCACCAGCGCGCGGUCUUCUCCACCCUGCUGACCAAUGGUCGCAUCCGGACCACUCAUGCCAUCAUGCAGCGCGUCUGUCAGGAUCUCUGUCGGUUCAUUGCGAUAAAGUCGGCUGGCGGCAAGGAUCUGGACUGCAUUGAUCUGGGUCUCCGCUUCACGGGUGAAUCGCUGUUUGACUGCGUCCUGGGCAUCCAAGCGCGCACCUUCACCGACAAUCCACUGCCGGUUGUGCGGCAAAACCACGAGAUGUCCGCCGAGAAUCGAGGAUUGGCCAUUGCCGGCGCCGUCCGUGGCCUCUUCCCGAAUCUUCCGCGCUGGCUGCGUCCCAAGGUCUUUCCCCGUUCCCACGAUCUAUUCUACAGCCAGAUGAUUAGCGAAGCUCUGCGCCUGCGCCGUUCCAAGCACCAGGAUCGCAACGACUUCAUCAACCAUCUGCUCGAGAUGCAGAGGGAAUUGGAUCUCAGCGAGGAGGACAUGGCCUCGCAUGCCAUGACCUUCAUGUUCGACGGCCUGGACACCACCUCCAAUAGCAUUGCCCAUUGUCUUCUGCUGCUUGGUCGUAAUCCCGAUUGCCAGCGGCGUUUGUACGAGGAACUCCAGUUGGUCAAUCCCGAUGGUUAUCUGCCCGAUCUGGAUGCGCUGAUAGACCUGCCCUAUCUGAGUGCCUGCUUUAAUGAAAGCUUACGAAUCUAUCCGGCUGGCGGCUGGGCAUCAAAGACCUGCACAAAGGAGUACGAGCUCCGGGGUAGCCACCACUCGGAACCCCUCAGGCUGAGGCCCGGCGACAAUGUGAUGGUGCCCAUCUACGCCCUGCACAAUGAUCCGGAUCUGUAUCCGGAACCGGAUCUUUUCCGACCCGAAAGAUUCCUGGACGGCGGUCUGAAAAACUGCAAACAGCAGGGCAUCUUUUUGGGUUUCGGGAACGGGCCACGUCAGUGUGUCGGGAUGCGAUUGGGUCUGGCCAUGGCCAAGGCCGCACUGGCGGCCAUUGUCCAGCGAUUCGAGGUCCUGGUCAGUCCACGGACACUCAAUGGCACAGAGUUAGAUCCCCUGAUCUUUGUGGGCGUCCACAAGGGCGGCAUUUGGCUGCAGUUCGUCGCACGGGAAAAUGUGACUAAGAAAUAGAUGGAUCCAGUAGUAAGUUCGAGAAAGAAGUUGCAGCAGAAACACAAAAAAGGGUUAAGCUGUAGAAGGGGUUAAGUGCAGGAGAAUUUAAACAACUAUAAACUGAAACCUUUUAGUAAGUUUAAAAAUAUAAUAUUCUCGGCUAAAUUCUAUAUUUCUAAUUGUUUGCUAGAAAAGAUUUCAGUUUGAUCUAUUUUUUUUUUUUUUUAAUAUUUUUUUUUACACAUGGGCUUUUCCAUCAACUUUUCAAAGACUUGUAUUUUCUUUUCAUCUCUGUAUGGUUCAUCAAUGGAAAUUAGAGUGGACCAUCGCUUUUGUUAGGCUCAGGGUUUAGCUGCAUUCAGCUGGGAAUUAUGUCAUCGGGCGAUGUCAAAACACUGGAAUUAUAAUUCAUCAAAAGGGCGGAGGAAAUAAAUGCAUUCAUACACUGAGAGAAAGUGGUGUAACCCGAAUAAUUCAAGAAUUGUGUCGAAUAUUUAUUCAAAA